AUGGACAACAGAAAGAGGCCGGCAGGUUCCUCCAACUCUGGGAGCUUUGCUUUCUGGUCCUCCUCAUUCCGAAGGCAACCAGCCAGGGUCCUGAUUGUUGAAGCACUGCCGCCGUGGUGGUCGGAGACAUCUACGGUGAUCUGCGAUGCUCUGGAUAACUUCUUCUCCCUUGCCUGUAAUCUGGAUGGACCCUGCAGGAUACCGCUACUCAGCCUGUACGCCAUCAGCAGGCAGCAGGAAUGUCUCCUGCCAUUUGUGCAGGUCCGUGGUAACUUGGCCAGGCUGCAUUCCUGUGUGGAGGAGCUGAGGUCUAUUCCAGGUGAAGGAUGCGUCAGGGGAGCAGCCAGAGGAGGUGAGCUGCUGCGACAGGCUGUGCUGGACAGUCUUCAGCAGUUUAAACAGUACAUCAGACACACCAGUAAUGGAAACCAGCCCAGCCACAACACAUCUGUGGAGGUUACCGUGGUGACCAGCCAGCCAGGGCAGGGAAUCGUCUGCCAGUGUGAGAAGGGGCUGAAAGACGCUGACCUGGUGUCACUCAAGCGACUUCUGGUCGUGCAAGUCUACAGUGGAGGAGACUGGGGACAGGAAGCUCCCUCACCUGACGUCACGUACACUGAGAGUGAAGAGUGUCUGAUGUUGGGGACGGAGAUCGACCUGCAGCGAGUGGAAAACAGCGCGAUCGCCGUGGAGAGUGUGUUGAAAUCAUGGCUUCAAGAGCAGGGAGGUGACAGAGAGCACCUCCACCUCCUGCUGCCGAGCCCCACGGACAGUCCCAUCCCAGUGUGUGUGAAGUGUGACAUGCAGGAGCGUCUGAUCAGCCCCGCACUCAUCCCCCUGACCCCCAACCUGGGAGUAAAGACUGAGAGCGUCCGGGACUUCCUGUCUGUCGCCAAGGGCUCAGCCAAUCAGAGCUCACCACCACAGAGACUGAAAGUAAUCAAGGUUCUGCGUGCGGACGGAGUGUGUGAGAGUGUGUUGUACGGCCUGCCAUUGGUGAUCCGUCCCACCACCUGCUGGCAGCUGGACUGGGAAGAAAUGGAGGCCAACCACAACUUGUUCCACGCUCUCUGCCACACACUCAGGAGUCGUGACUUAUUCCUGCUGCUGCAGGUGGAGCCUGUCCAAAGGUCGACAGCCGAAAGCUCAGGUAUGUAUUCUCACUAUGUCCUCCAGCCGUCCCCGUCUCUCACCCUCCUUCUGAAGCCUGUGGCCUCCAGAGAGUUGCUGCUGCCCUGCCAUCAGCCAAUCUCAACUCAGGACCCUGCACCUGAUGCCAUGCAGACAGUACAGAGUUGUCUCACUCAGCUGGACGAGGAGAUUGUGUUCAACCCCCUCUCUCUGAGCAGUAACCUCUACCAGCAUCUCAAGAGCAGAGGCCUGCUCUCACAGCCACGCUACCCAUACAGGAUCCAGCCAGCAGCUGUCCUCAGAGACCAGUCUCAACCAGCAGAGGGCGCUAAACCCACAGCCAGCAGACAGCCUCGACAGCCACCAAACCAGAGUCGCCAACUGGGAUCAAACAGCAGGGUCAGAGCCACCGUGGCUCCGAUGCCUUCGUCCUCCCUCCACACGUCCUCCUCCUUCUCCUCUUCCUCCGCCCUGGGGCCUCCGUCUGCGAAGGCCUCCCGUCUGGCUCUGACGCUCCUCAGCAGCAGCAGCGGUAGAAGGGGGGGCCCUGCUCCAUCUCAACAGGAGGAAGACAAUGAUGACUCCAUGAUAAUAUAGUGAGAGCAACCGGAGGGUGAGUGGGCCGAGAGAGCAAUACAAUGACAGGGGAGAGAGAGAGAGAGAGAGAGAGAGAGAGAGAGAGAGGCAGUGAAUAACAUUCUUAACAAGUCAUUUAAAAUAGAAACAGUUUGAAAAGCCAACAUGUCAAUUCAAAGGGCUUUCGAGUGAGAAACAGUGUGGCUCACAGUCACAUACGCACACUGAGGCUUGUUAAACUCACAUCUAGCUUAUGUUAUACGUGUGGUAAGAAUAAAUAGAGACGAAAAGAAGGUGCGAAAAGAAGCUGUCAUAACCCGAAGUGCAACAAAGCCUGAGUGUGUGUUCGCAUUGUGUCACUGUGUGUGUUGUGCACAUUUAUGUGCAAGUUACUGUGGCUGUAAAGGUUUUGCAAUCUGCCUGAUUGCUCACGAACUUCACGAUGGUGUCCGAUCAGCCGAGCGUGUGUGUGGGUGCAUGUGAGAAAGGAAAGUUUCAAGUCACUGCCAUCUUUAGGUUGCUGUGACUGAAAAACUUUUAAAAAACCACACGUUAAAAACAAUGAAAAAGCAGGAGAGAAAAUGAAAAGAAGGGAAACAGCGCGACAAUGGAAGAUGGAGGGAACAGACUAAUAAAGAAAUUCCCCCAAAAAUGACAAAAGAGGGGUGGUGUGGGGAUACGAGAGGGAUUAAAAGCUGAUGUAUGUAUAAAAAGCACCGUCUGCAUGUUGCAGCACAGCCACCAACACACGCAGUAAAACACAAGAACUCAAAACACAAAGAAACCAGUGACAGAAAUACAACUGAGGGCGCAAUAAAGCAGACGCACAGCAGCUUUGAUACUAUAGCGACUCACAGACAAACACAUAUGCACAUUCCGUUUUUCCAUUUUGCCCUUAAGUCCCAGUGUGAACACAGCUUCAGUGUUUUAAUGAGACAGAGAGGAAAGCAGCAGACAGAGGGGCCUCUCUGCUCGCCUUCACCCCCACAGCUCGCUCUCUCUCUGGGGCUUGAAAGGCGGCGAGGUGGGGGGGUGGAUGGAAGGAGAACAGAGAAAACUGAUUUUAAACAUGGUAACUUUGCUAUGAAGAAUUUCCAGUGUGUGUGUGUGUGUGUGUGUGUAGGGGUUAACUCGUGUUCAUGCAGUGACAUCACUGGUUGAAUUCUGAGCAACAUUGAUUGUUCAUGCUCAUACGUAGAUUCAGGUCGUUACAAACAUCCAUCAUCCCUUUUAUUAAUUUAUUACUCGUCAAAGAGCAGUGUCAUCCACACACACAGACACACACACACACACACACACACACACACACGUAUGCAUAGACUUAAUCAGUCUCCCGCCAUUCCACCCCCGUGUUGAAUCUUAUAACAUUAGGGUCCAUGACUUCAUGACGUGGUGAUGUUGCGGGACUUCCGCAUUCGCCGAAUUACAACCACAACGAUGCUUUUGUCUCUGAGGAGAAUUCAUCUGCACGUCCAAAAGUACCCGCUGACAUUUUACCCACUUCUCUCUCUCCGUCCUUUCCUGCCUCACUCAGUACUUUCUUUCUGGUCAUCACCAGCUCAAGUUGAGUGUAUGAAUUUCAUACGUUUGUUCGAAACAGAACCACAGCAGCUUCUCCCUCUCCCCGCGGCCAGAGUUCCUCCGUUUGACCUAAGCACGGUCAGACACACUCCUCAUUAAAUGUCACAACUGUGAGACAUUAAUGGGACCUGACCUACGGCAACAAAAGUGUGAUUGUUUGUGUUUGCAAAUUUCAUUCAGAGGGUUCUUUUAGGGUUUUUUGUGAGUUUUCGACCCAUAUGAACUUUGUUUUUCUUGUUCUUUGUUGUUUUACAUGACAAACAUCUUUAUCUCAUAGUAGCUCAGUCAUGUUCCUGUUCAGCUUUAAUGUCGUCAUGGUUUUAAUCUAGUUUACUGUUUGAUCUUUAAAGGAAAAGAACAUGGAUUGAUGUAAUUUGUUCUCUCUGUAAAUUCAUACCAGUUGGCUAAACUGUGAUUCAGCUGUUGUUUGAUCUUCUUGUAAGUUCUACAUAUAUAUGUGUAUAUUUAUUUAUGUAUUAAGGUUCUCUCAGAGUUGUAUUGUAACAGUUUAUGAACUGUGGGUUAAUAAAUGUUGCUUCCAAACAUA